CAAGCCAGGAGGGGCACAAGGUCUUUGAAAUCAAUCAAUGGCGUCCAUGGCUACCUGCUUCACUCUUCCACCAAACGCUCGUCAUCUUCUCGUUUUCAAAGCUGCACUUUUACCUAAUCGUUCCCAAACCUCCAAUUUCCCGGGCGCUGCCUCCAGGGUUCCACAAUCUAGGGCCUCCGCGCCUGUUGUCAGAGCCAGCAUUGCAGCGAUCAGGCCCGGCGGUGCCGUCGAGAGCGAUAAGUUACCUUCCGACGUGAGAAAGCGAGCAAUGGACGCUGUGGACGCUUGUGGAAGAAGAGUGACUGUUGGUGACGUGGCCGGCAGAGCUGGGCUUAAGCUCCAUGAGGCCCAGAACGCUUUGCAAGCUCUCGCUUCUGAUACUCAGGGCUUCUUGGAGGUCUCCGAUGAAGGCGAUGUACUCUAUGUUUUUCCCAGAGAUUAUCGAGCAAAACUUGUAGGCAGAUCUUUCAUAAUGAGAGUUGAGCCGCUGCUUGAGAAGGCAAAGGCUGGGGCUGAGUAUUUAGCAAGGGUUUCAUUUGGAACUACUCUGUUUGCUUCCAUUAUUCUUGUGUUCGCUGCAAUUCUUGUUGCCCUUAUAGCUAUUGCCUUAAAUGAAAAUGUUGAUGUCAUCCCGUCGACGUCUUCAACUUCUUCUUUCGCUAGUGGAGGAAGCUCAUAUCGGACGAGUUAUGAUUAUUCAAUUGAUGUUUUUCCCUCGUGUCGGACUGAAGUGUAUCGGAAGCAAAAAGAAAAACCACAACCAGUUGUUGGGACGUUGAAAUUUGGUGAAUCUUUUUUCUCAUUUGUAUUUGGCGAUGGUGAUCCGAAUCGAGGAAUCGAAGAAAAGAGAUGGAAGCUGAUUGGGAAUUACAUAUCCUCUAAUGGUGGUGUUGUUGCAGCUGAAGAGCUUGCUCCAUAUCUUGAUAUAGAAACUACAGGGGAUACUCUGACUGAUGAAGCAUACAUCUUACCUGUUCUUUCACGGUAUGAGGGUCAGCCUUUAAUAGAUGAGGAGGGAAACAUUCUGUACCAGUUUCCAUCUCUACAGCGCACAGCUUCUAGGAAGAUGGGAAUAUGUCCAGAAAUUGUUGGAGAAGCUGAUAAAUUUUUUAAGGAGGAGAAAUGGCAAUUUAGUAAAACUAGUAUUGCUAAGAGAGCAAUGGUCGUUGGACUUGGUGGACUCAAUGUAUUUGGGGUUCUCAUUCUGAGCGGCCUAUUACAGGAUCCUAUAGUUGCACAAGUUGGUUUUAUCAAGUUUAUUACAAGCAUAAAUCCUCUACUUCAGAUUUAUGCUGGUUUCUUCUUUGUAAUUCCUCUGUUCCGGUGGUUUGUCUUGCUCAAGACAAAUGCUGACAUAGAAAAAAGAAAUCAAGCCAGAAAGCAAUUUGCUCAAGACAUUGAAUUGCCUGAUCUAUCACUAAGACGAAAGCUCCUCAGUGCUCGGAACAUGGCCCAAAGAAUUGUCAUAGGGCUGGACAGAAUUGUUUAUACCUCUCGCAAGGAUUUGUUUGAGCAAGAGUUGGAUAGAGGGUUUCAACAGAUAGACAAGUCAUAAAAAAGGCUACUUUUACUUGUGACUGAAGCUACUAAAGGCAUUAGUGUUUCACAACUCUGGCUGCGAAACCUUUACACUUGAAGUCUUAUUUCGCAAGCUGUUGAUGCACCCUUGGUGGUACCUGCAUUUGUUCAGAAACAUACUUCUUUUGUGGGGGUGCAGGCGUGCAGCUGGGAAGUGAUACUUUGUAAUAUAGAUUUCAAGUGGACAAGUUUACUAUUUACAAAUUAAGACUCUUAAGCAUCGCAGCUGGCUCAUGUAUAUAUACGUUUUGUGGUGCUGCACUGCCAAAUUAAUCCAGGUAACAAUUGACCAAAAUGACUCUCAACUUCAAAAAAGUCC